UAAAUGUGAUGAAGAGUGAAAAAUUCUGUAAUGCCAUCAAUUGAGUAUUAGUUCGGUAGAAGGUUUUAUAAAAUUUUAUAAACAUUUCUCAAAGUCUAUUUUACUAUAAAUAAUACUUUAAAAGUGGCGGUGUUAAAUAUUUGUAAUUAUAUAGGCUGUGUCCAAGGAGAGCAGUCGUAAAUAGUGCAAUUUAAUUUAUAAUAAGUGUGAAUCAUGAAACAGAUUAAUGUGUCCGUAAUAGGUCUUUCGGGGACUGAAAAGGAUAGGGGUCAAGUUGGUGUUGGAAAAUCAUGUCUCUGCAACAGAUUCAUUCGUCCGAUGGCCGAUGAUUACUUUAUUGAUCACAUAUCAGUGUUGAGUCAGAGUGACUUUAGUGGACGAAUUGUUAACAAUGAUCACUUCUUAUAUUGGGGAGAUGUGCGAAAAACCACGGAAGAUGGAGUGGAUUAUAAUUUCCAAAUAAUUGAACAGACGGAGUUUAUGGAUGAUUCCACAUUCCAACCGUUUAAGGUUGGGAAAAUGGAACCAUAUUACAAGCGUUGUAUUGCCACUAAGGUGUUUUCAGCGGAAAAGCUUAUGUACAUAUGUAAAAACCAGUUGGGGAUCGAGAAGGAGUAUGAACAAAAAAUAAUGCCCGAAGGCCGACUGAGUAUAGAUGGUUUCAUUGUGGUAUUUGAUGUGAGUCCUGUGCCAAAUCGACCGGUUGAAAAGCAAGUUGACUUUGUUCACAAUGUCAUAGUAAAUAUAUUGAAAAAUAAGAAACCAGUUGUGCUCGUUACAACUAAAAACGACGAUUCCAAUGAAAUUUAUAUACGAGAGGCCGAAAAAAUUUGCCAGCGUAAGGAAUAUAAGGGUUUGGUUCAAUUGGUCGAAACAUCCUCUCAUGAAUCUAUAAAUAUAGAUUUAGCUUUUAUACUUCUUGCUCAAACUAUAGAUAAAGUAAAAAGUCGUGUAAAAAUUACUUCAUACUAUGAGGCUGCGAAAUCACGAAAAGAACUAUUGGACACACGUUCUGAAGCUGUCACGAGACUAAUCCGUAACCAAAUAAUUGAUUACCAUGUGCUUUGGUCGCAGGGAUCCAAAAUAUUAGCACAGUACAGAGAAUGGACAGAGUUCUUAAAUAUUUUUGGUGUAGAAGCUGGUCAAAAGCUCUUCAGACGUCAUAUGAAAAAGCUUCGUGAUGAUCAUUUAAAUAAGAAACUCAAUGAGUAUAUUGAUAAGUUUGCCAGUGUAUUGGAGUAUCUUUUACCCGACAUAAGUUCUUUGGGUACAGUAGAUGAAAAUAUAUGGGGAAAUGCCAAAGGCAUAUUGAGAAGCCAUCCUGAUUUUGAUCGGCAUUUUUUUGAGUGCCCUCAAGCUUCAUGGACUGAAUUAGUUGAUAUGGAAGAAACCGAAGACGAAGUUCGUGUUCCAUUCGAUGUAUUGGAUACUCCGGAAGCGGAAACAAUAUUUCGAAAUUAUGUUAAUGCGGUGCAGCAAGAUAAGAAAAAAAUUGGAUGGAAGCAUCAAUUUAAACUAUUAUUGGAAGAAUCUGGCUUUGUGACUCCAGGUAAACAGCUAUCAGAGGUGCGCGUGCUUUUCAUGGGUCGUGAAUGCUUUGAAGCUUUAUCAGAACAUGAUUGCCAACAAAUUUAUGACAUUCAUCAAGAUGAAAUUAUCGAGAAAAGCAAGCAAAACUUUAUAGAACUAUUGUUAGAAAACGCACAAUUCUUCCAGCAGUUUAAAAAUGUUGAUAUUAUUACUCAAGAAGAUGUUCGGGCAAUUACAGAUCUUAUACAAGACGAUUCCAGGUAUAAAAUAUUGGACAGACUUGAUCAGGAGAGACGGGUGAUUCUAUUUCAACAUUUGGGCUUUAUACACUGCCCCAUACGCGAGCAUUGUCCUUUCUUCCAUAAUUGCGUUGAUAGUUUAGUUGAUGAAUGCUUGGUCGAUAAGUCGCCAAAUCAGAAGAAUUCCAGCAACUGGAAGUCUUCGAGCUCCGACAGAACUUUAAAUUUAUUAAUAGUAGGAUCCGAACAUCUUGCAAGUGAUUUGCUCAAUGAUAUUCGAAUGUGCACGGGAUCUAAAGGGGAAUAUGUUUAUGAGAACCAAACCUAUUACCUAAAUUAUCGCAUUGCCAAUGGAGAUAUGGAAGCAUUUAAGUCAAUUGAUGUACAUUCGAGUGGGUUAAUUUGUGUAUACUCAAAUCAACAGUCGUUUGAAACGCUGAAAGAUAACUUGGAGCGCACUUUAUUAUGUAAUUUGGAAUUAGAGGACAAAUUUGAGAACUUGCCUAUCGUUUUGGUGUAUCAACCUCAGGAUCUGAAAGAAAACGAAGUUGAGUACCUGCGUAAUGAAGGAUUACGAUUAUCCGAAAUGCUACACUGCGAUUUUAUUGAUCAUCAACAAAAUCAACAAAAAUAUGUCUACGACAUUCUUAACAUUGUUAUUCUAUCCUUAAGACUUUCAGAGAUGAAAAAUUUUGAUUCGUAUUCUUCAAAUCAUAUUGAUUUAAGAAUACUUGUUUGUAUGUUUUGUGGAGAUCAAUAUGAUAUUGAAAAUAUUAUAAACCCGCUAAUAGCCGAAUCGACAAACUGUAAAUCGUCAGAACAUUCCAUUUUGAUUGACGUAUUUAUAGGAGAUUCAAAAAAGCGAAUUGAAUUCAUCCUUUCAUCUUAUCACGGAAUAAACCAAUAUCGUGAGGAAUUAAUUCAUGGAUAUAUUUAUUUUUAUUCUGGAAAACGUCGAUCAUCACUUUCAAAUUUAAGUGUUUUAGCUGUACAAAACUCGAAUAUUCCAUUACAAAUAAUUGCCGUAACGGAAAGUGGAGGUGCAAAUGCAUUUUUCAAUAGUGAAAUUUGUCAAUUUCUAAUAACGGAAGGAAAUUCAUUAGCUGACAGGUGUAAGGGCAAUUUCAUGACAUUUUCUGCCGAUCAGUAUGUUAAGUUCGCUUUCUAUACUCCAUUUUUGAAAAAUGUUUGGGAAAAUAAAUAUGAAGUUGAAAAUUUGCAUGUGGAAGAGUCAAUAACGUUGGAUUCUGGAGAAGGCACGCUAGAGAAUUCAGUCAAUCAGCUUCCACGACCACCACCACGACAUGAAAGUUAUAUGUUAUCUAGCACUAUGGGUACGGAUGGAUCUGGAAGUGAAAACUAUGAAAUGUUACCAACUAGAUCUUUGAAUUCACUAAACGAGGAAAGGGACAUAUCUUUAGAUGAAAUUUACGACGACAACGAAAAGCCGAAACACCAUCACCAAAAGUGGCUGGAAGAUAAAAAUGAACCACGAAGAAAUUUAAACAAAAAUUCCAUUUGGAACAACUUUAGUGGUUCCACCCAUGCUUAUACAACUGGUCGUCGUCACAUUGAUUCUAAUUUAAAUAAAAUUCGUCCAAAAGGCCCCAGUCAAACAUUAAAGCAACCCGGUAAAUUAAAUAUGAAAAACUUUCAACUCGUAAGUGAAGCAGUAGCUAAAAUGAAUUUUGGAGGUGACACAUUUUUGCCAGUUUCUGAUGCUGAUAAAUGCUCAAAACGAUAUCAGCAUUUUAAUCAUACUCAACUUGAUUGUGACGAAGAUGAUUCAGAGGAAUUGGCUGAAUACGAACAGAUUUAUGAAAAUGAAGACUGUACCGAGUCGGAUAGCUGUGCAAGUUCAACCGAACGUAAAGUGCGUCAGCAGAAUAGCUCAUACUACAAGAUUAAUAAAAAACCUCAGACCAACAAGAAAACCAAGAAAAAGAAAGUUGCCAUCCCCGUACAAACACCAAGGGUUCCACUCUUUGGCUCCUAUGUUAGCCCACCAGAGAUUCCUCAACAUUAUCAUCGAGCUGUGUCAGAUGCUAAAAAAUCGGCCGAACAUUGCACCAAUGAGCUUGUAAAGAACGAUAAAUCACCAGAUUAUUCCAUGGUUCCUGAAAGUAUCAAUUUGUUUGGAACAGACAAUUUGACAGAAUUUAAUAUUAAUCCGAAAUCUCUGAAGGAGUUUGAAAAGACGGAAAAACGUCGGUUGAAAGAAGACAAUGCAAGACUACGUAAAUUGCAAGAAAAGGAAAAGGAACAAGAGAAAAAACACAAGCGAAAGUUGAAGCAAGCUUGCAAAGGCUUAACAGACAAUACUGAAUCUCAUUUUGGAAAAUUACUAAUAUCGGACAAAGAUGAAAUCCCAACAUUCCUUAUAAGAUGUGUCGAAUUUAUUGAGAAAGAGGGUCUUGACUCGGAAGGAAUAUAUAGAGUACCCGGAAGUCGAGGUCAUGUUGACUUGCUUUUCCAAAAAUUCGAAGAAGAUCCACACACUGUAAUCGAUGUGCUUGAUAUUCCAGUUAAUGCCGUAGCAACAGCAUUAAAAGACUUCUUUUCCAAGCGUUUACCUCCUUUAUUUAGCAAAGAUAUUAUUAAGGAGCUUGAAGAUAUUGCAGGUUCUCGAGGUAUUGGUUCAUCUAAAAUCAAUGUGGAAGUAAAAACGGAUCGGAGUUGUCGUUUGAUAUUAUUGAAGACUUUAUUACAGAAAUUACCGCCCAUGAAUUUUAUGAUCCUGAAGUACAUAUUCGAGCACUUUGUUCAUGUAUCCGAGAAUUCGAAACUAAAUAGCAUGGAUAGCAAAAAUUUGGCAAUUUGUUGGUGGCCAACUCUGAUUCCUAUUGACUUUACGGAUAUGAGCCAUUUUGAGCAAUUGCGGCCAUAUUUAGAAGAUAUUGUGCAGACGAUGAUUGACCAGUUUCCAUAUUUGUUUUGCGGAAAAGAUGCUUUUGUUAUGGUUUAAAUACUCAUAUAUUCCAGCGUAAAAGCUUAAUUUUAGAUGUUAUUAUGUGGAAGAAUAUAAAGAAACUGUGUUUUAAUGGAUUUGUUGUGUGAAGUGAUGUUUAAUUAAGAAUAUUCGAAUAUGCGUCUAAAAUAAUAAUUUAUAUUAUGUGUUAAAUUAUAUUUAAGCUAUAAAUGUUUUAAAUGUCUUGUAUGUAUGUUUAACGAGUUGUGUAGUAAUAUCUAUGCCAUGUGUAUGUAUGCUUAUAUAUAUAUUUUUUAAAUUUGGAUGUAUUAUUAUUGUAGAUGUUGUUCUUAUAAAUUGGGCUGAAAAAACUUUAUCAAAGGAACAAAAGGAACACUUCUGACAAGUACUAACAAUGUGAAUGUAAAAAACAAUUCAUUCAUAUAUAUACCUAAAAAAAUAGAUAAUGGAAAGAUUUGUAUAAAUGUGUGUCUAUUUCAUGAUAUACCUUAUAAAAUUAUGCAUUCGUAAUCAACGCGAUUUGGUGUAAUUAUAUUUUUUAAAAUUAUGAUAUUUACGGAAAUCCAUACGGAUAUCCGUCAUAAUCUAAAGCACAAACAUUAUAAAAACAAAUAAAAUAAUUCCAAACAAACUCGA